UUCCGGUGCUCGUCUCCCUCUGCUUCUCCCCGUCCCCCUCCUCUCUCCUCCCUCCGUCCCGCCUCCGGGAGAGGUCGACGGAGAGAGGGAGAGCCACGCCGUCGGCCCGCGCCAGCACCGUCUCGACAGUUGUGAACUGCAAAGCUGAUCAAGAUGCCAGCACUGAGAAUGAAGAGAAAGUUUGACGAGGAUGCUUUUGGGAAUGAGUUCGACACCAAGUCCAAGAAAUCUAUGAAAAUCUCGCAUUUUCAAGUUGAUGAGUUAGAGCAGGCAGCUGUGUUGAACUCGUCUUAUGAAGAUCCUCAGGAUGAGCAUGAGCCAACAAGUGAGCUAGCUGUCCAGGAUAUUAGGAUCAUGGAAGUUUCUGCCUUGGAUGCUGUACUUGGAGGAACAUCUAUUGCUUUGCUCAAGGAUUUAAUAUCUGAAAGAGUGGUUUCACCAAAUUUGGAAAUUGAUUCCUCGUCUGAUAAUGAUGGCAGCAAAUCUCAGUUAAAUGUAGUCACCAAUGUUGAUAAAGAUGUUGCAGAUGGUGUAAUUUAUGCAGCACAAGAUAAUUGUGCUGUUAAUGAUCAUGAAGGAGUCCUGGGCUCAAACCAGGACUGCAGUCUGUUGGACAUUUAUAAUCCCGACGAUGCUUUCCCUUUCUUAUUUGAUGCUCCAACUGGUCUCCUGGCUAGCUACAGUACAUUAUGUGAUGAAUUUGUAUCGAUUGAUUCAUUGAUAGACAUGAGCGGCAUUUGCGGAAUGUUCCCACUUAAUGAGAUCACUGUGGAAGGCGGUAUUUGCAAUGAAGCAUGCUCAUCACCAGGAGAUAUGUGCUACAGUAACACUGGUGGGGAGUACUUUAGUAACUCCGAGGUGUUAGAGUGGCUUAAUCCAUAUGUGGAUGAGGAGAAUGUACCUAAUCUUAUUGACUAUGCCGAGUUGGGUUCAGAUGCUGCUUGUGUACCUAAAGAGCAAGCGACCAGGAAGGUCACUCUUGUGCUUGAUUUGGAUGAAACCCUUGUUCAUUCAACCAUGGAGCACUGUGAUGAUGCUGAUUUUUCCUUUCCUGUGUUCUUUGAUAUGAAAGAACAUGUGGUAUAUGUGAGGAAGAGACCACAUCUGCAUAUGUUCCUCCAGAAGAUGGCUGAGAUGUUUGAUGUUGUUAUAUUCACAGCCAGCCAAAGUGUCUAUGCAGAUCAGCUGCUUGACAGGCUUGACCCAGAGAAGAAAUUAUUCUCUAGGCGCUUUUUCCGUGAGUCGUGUGUUUUUACGGAAAGUGGUUACACAAAAGAUCUGACUGUCAUUGGAGUUGACCUUGCAAAGGUUGCCAUAAUUGACAACACUCCGCAGGUUUUCCAAUUGCAAGUGAAUAAUGGUAUACCCAUAGAGAGCUGGUAUAAGAACCCCUUGGACGAGGGGUUACCCCAGCUGAUUCCAUUCCUAGAGACUCUUGCUGUUGCGGAUGAUGUUCGACCCAUAAUUGCCAAGAAGUAUGGCAACUAAAAAGGAUAAUUGCUGAGGUUUUCCGGCAAGUGAUAGGAGCGCAGAUUGGUGGUUUAAUCACAUAGAGGAACAAGAACUCACAUGACAUGUUGACUGGACUAGUUGAGACUUUGCAGUUUUCUUCUCUUAUUUACAUCGCUUCCAUAGGAUCAAGAAUUUUGGUUGCAUAGCUACCCCUCUUGAAAUUGUACAUAUCCUCAGCACAUUCCAUAGAAUUUUGUACAUAGAAUGCUGUUAGAAAUGAAAAUGAACCUAUGAAAAUUUCUUCUU